AUGUACAUCGAGGAGAUCGCGAUCGAGGGAUUCAAGUCGUACGCGCAGAGGACGGUGGUGCGCGACUUCGACUCCAAGUUCAACGCCAUCACGGGGCUCAACGGGUCCGGCAAGUCCAACAUCCUCGACUCCAUCUGCUUCGUGCUCGGAAUCACCAACCUGCAGCACGUGCGCGCCAGCAACCUGCAGGAGCUGAUUUAUAAGCAGGGACAAGCAGGUGUCACGCGUGCGACCGUCUCCAUCGUGUUUAAUAAUCAUGACAAGGCCGGGAGUCCCGUGGGGUACGAGGACCAUGACCGCAUCACCGUCACCAGACAGAUCGUGAUCGGCGGGCGCAACAAGUAUCUGAUCAACGGCCACGUGAAGCAGCCGAGCGCCGUGCAGACGCUCUUCCACUCCGUGCAGCUCAACGUGAACAACCCGCACUUCCUCAUCAUGCAAGGCCGCAUCACUAAGGUGCUCAACAUGAAACCUCCGGAGAUCCUCUCCAUGCUCGAAGAGGCCGCCGGCACGCGCAUGUACGAGAACAAGAAGGAGAGCGCGUUGAAGACGCUGGAGAAGAAGCAGACGAAGGUGGAGGAGAUUAAUAAGGUGCUGACGGAAGAGAUUCUUCCGCGGUUGGAAGGUUUGCGGCGGGAGCGCGCGCAGUACCAGGCGUGGCUGCAGGGAAACUCGGAUAUCGACCGGCUGAGCCGGUUCUGCGUGGCGUAUGAGUAUUUCCUCGCGGAGAAGGCGAAGAAUUCCGCGGUGGAAAUAGUGGAGAAGAUUAAAGAGAGUAUAGCGGAGCUGGGGAGGGUGGAGGAGGAGUGUCACGAGGCGAUAGUAACGAAGAAAGGGCUUAUAAAGGAGAUGCUAUUAGAGAAGGACCGGCAGAUGGGGGACGCGAUGAAGGAGGUGCAGGAGCGCGCAGAUAAGAUCGCCAAGGAGCUCGUUAAAGUCACAUCCGUUUGGAACAACAAGAGUGAAACGCUGGAAGCGGAGAAGAAGGCGCUCGAGCAGCUCGUCAAGAUGCUGGCGGACACGCGGAAAGGCUCGGAGGAACGAGCGGUCCAGAUGCAAUCCGCCGACGACGCGCUCGCAGCCGUCCAAUCAGAAGCCGACACGAAGGCAAAGGCGCUGAGCGAUGCGGAGGAGGAAUACGCGGCGGUGCAGGCGGGCAAGACGGGGCACCCGGGGGAAGACAAGACGAUGGCGCAGAAGCUGUCGGAGCUGAAAGCGGCGGCGGUGGAAGCGGCGACGGGCGGAAAACAGGCGGCUCUGCGCGUGACGCACCUGCGGAAGGAGGUGGCGGAGAAGGGGCGGCUGGUGGCGGGUAAGCGCAAGGCGGCGAGCGGGCUGGAGCAGCGGCUGGCGGGCAUGGCUGAGGAGGUUGAGCGGUGCGAGGCGGGGCUGCAGCGGCUGGGGCACGACGAGCAGCACUACUCGGAUCUUGAGAAGUCCAAGGCCGAGAAGGAGGCGGCGGUGGGAGAGGUGCGGCAGCGGGUGGAGGGAGCGUCGCGCGAGCUGGGCGUGGGGUUUUCGUACAGCGACCCCGAGAGGGGCUUCGACCGCCGCAAGGUCAAGGGCGUGCUGGCGCGCCUCUUCCGCAUGCGCGACGCCUCCAUGGCCACGGCGCUCGAGGUGGUGGCAGGCGGCAGGCUGCACAACGUGGUGGUGGACUCGGAGCAGACGGGCAAGCAGCUGUUGAGCCAUGGCCGCCUGCAGCGCCGAGUCACGCUCAUCCCGCUCAACAAGAUCGACAGCCGCUGCAUCUCACAGGCCAAGCUCAACCGCGCCGUCCAACUGGUUGGCAAGGAGAACGUGUGGACUGCUCUCUCUGCGGUCGACUUUGAUCCUGAGCUCCAGCCUGCCAUGGCCUUCGCGUUUGGCAACACCUUCAUCUGCCGCGAUUCCGCCACGGCCAAGAAGGUGGCGUUCCACCCGGACAUCAUGACGCCUUGUGUGACUCUGGACGGCGACAGCUACAACCCGGGCGGGCUGCUCACUGGCGGGUCACGCAGGGGGGGAGGUGUGCUACUCUCACGGCUGCACGCGGUGAAGGAGGACGAGGAGCAGCUGGCCGCGUUGGAGGCACAGCUGCAGCACGUGCUGGCAGAGCUGAGCGCCCUGCAGCAGCAGCGGCAGCAGUACGUCGAGCUGACGCAGCAGCUGCAGCUGAAGACGCACCAGCUGUCCCUGGCGCAGGAGCAGAUGAAGCAGAGCGAGCACCACCAGCUUGCAGAGGAGCUGGCAGCCCUCGAGGCUGAGCUGGCGGAGUGCGAAGCCACAUCAGCGGAGGCAGCAGGGAAGGAGAAGGGGCUGUUGGACGAGGCAGCAGUGCUGGAGAGGGAGAUGGAGCAGCAGGGGCGGGAGAGAGGGCAAAGGCUGAAGGCUCUAGAGGCCAAGGCGAAGGCAGCAAAGCAGCAGGCGGCUGCUGCGAGCAAGGCUCUCAAGGCGAAACAAAACGAGCGGGAGCAACUGGCGAUAGCAGUGGAGGCGUCGAGAGGCGAGGAGGCAGCAGCGCAGGAGCAGAUCAGUGCAGCAGAGGCGGAGGUGGGCAGGCUGCAGCACGAGGUGGACGAAGCUGCGAGGAAGGUGGCGGACGUUAAGGAGGAGUUGGAUGCGGUGCAGGGCGAUGUGGAGAGGCGGCAGAACGAGCUGCGGGCGUGCGAUGAGCGGAUGGCGGGGGUAGAGAGGGAGGUGGGGGAGAUGGAGGAGAGGAAGAUGAACGCCGGCAUGGAGAAGCGGAAACUGGAGCACCAGGUGAAGACGCGGGAGGCGGAGCAGCAGAGGGGCGUGAAGGACGUGGAGCGCAUGGAGAGGCAGCACGAGUGGAUCGCCACGGAGCGCGCGCUGUUUGGGCGCGCUGGCACGGACUAUGACUUCCACUCGCGCGACCCCGUGGCUGCCCGCCAGCUGCUGGCGGAGAAGCAGUCCCAACAGAGCAGUGUGGAGAAGCGCAUCAACAAGAAGGUGAUUGCCAUGUUUGACAAGACGGAGCAGGAGUACAAGGAUCUGAACGCCAAGAAGGACAUCGUGCUGGUGAGUGGUGUGGUUUUAUACCUCACUCCUGCUGCUGCUGCUGCUUCUACUGCUGCAAGGAGAGACAAAGCGAAGAUAGAGGAAGCGAUAGAGCAGCUGGAUGAGAAGAAGAAGCAGCAGCUGAAAGUCACGUGGGAAAAAGUCACCAAGGAUUUCGGCUCCAUCUUCUCCACGCUGCUGCCCGGCACCAUGGCCAAGCUGGACCCCCCAGAGGGGCAGGACUUCCUGGCGGGGUUGGAGGUGAAGGUGGCGUUCGGCGGCGUGUGGAAGCACUCCCUCUCCGAGCUCUCUGGCGGCCAGCGCUCCCUGCUCGCCCUCUCCCUCAUCCUCGCCCUCCUGCUCUUCAAGCCUGCGCCACUCUACAUUCUGGACGAGGUGGAUGCAGCGUUGGAUCUCAACCACACACAGAACAUCGGCCACAUGAUCAAACAGCACUUCCCGCACUCCCAGUUCAUAGUGGUUUCACUAAAGGAGGGCAUGUUCAACAAUGCAAAUGUCAUUUUCCGCACCAAGUUCAUCGACGGCGUGUCAACUGUCACCCGCACCGUGCCGUCCCUCCCCUCCUCCGCCGCUGCCGGGCUCAGCAGAGCUGCUCCCGGUGCUGCCAAUGGCGGCAGGUCGAGGGGUGCUUCUGCCAGUGUGGCACGGGGGAAGAACGCUGCAGGGUCGAUGAGAGGCCCCCGGGUACUCUCUCGGGACUACGGGUCUUUCAUUUGA